AUGGAAGGAUAUUUAAAAAAAUAGAUUAAUCCCUUUUACUGGAAAGAUCGCUACUUUAUCCUGCAUGAAGAUUGUUUGAUAUAUUCAGAAACUCAAGGUUCUGAAAAGAAGGGUACCAUUCAUCUUAAGAUAGCAGAUAUUAUCUAAGUUCCAGAAGAUCCUACAAAAAUAAUUAUAAAUUCAGGAACUAAGCAAAUAGAAGUUAGAGCUCCAAGUGUAGAGCUUAAAGUUAAGUGGUACAAUGCAUUAAAGGAUGCUUAAAUUAAAGCAUAGCGAGAAUUUGAUGAAAUGUCUGUAGAAUAACUUAAAGAAGUAACAAAAUCUUCUAAGAAUCUUGACCCAAAAUUCAAGCGUAUGCUAAUGGAAACAAACCAAGAAAAAAUAGAAAAAUUACUCGUAGAAGCUUAUGAAGCAGGUGCUAGAUUUGAUGAAACUCUUUCUUAUUUGCUUCCUAAACUAACAAAUAAUCCAUAAAUCUCCUAAUAGGUAGAUUCCCUUCAAACUGAAGCUCAUAUAAUUAAGAGUACUUUAAAGGAAUGUCUCCUUUCAAUCGAAAAUGAAAGAAAGAGAUUAUUCAGAGCUUCAUAAGUUAUAGCAAAUGAGUUAGAUGGAAACUUUGUAGAGGAUAGAAUUACUCGUAACGGAGGAUAUAAUAGAGAUAACACAGAAGAGCAUAAAUUUUAUGAUAUAGAGGAUGAAAAUAAUACUGAAUUCUAAAGUAUUAUGGAAGACGAUUAUUUUUAUAAGGAACAACAGUCAGUUAUGAUAUUAGAAAAUUUCGCUAAUGACAAUGUAGUUGCUAAAUCAGGAUAACCCAAUAAUAAAAUUUCACAAAGCUCUCUAGUUUCUUAUUUCAGCAAGCACUGUCCAGUUAGAUAUAGAUUAUUGACAUAGAACCCUUCAUACAAAGCUACUGAAAUCCCAGACGAACCUGUCAGAUAUACACUACCUAUAGAAAAAGACCCUAAUGAAAAAAUAAAUGUUUGGUCUAUUCUUAAAGACUCUAUUGGAAAAGAUUUAACUAAAUUUGCAGUUCCAGUUUAUCUUAAUGAACCAAUCAGUAUGCUUCAAAGAUUAGCAGAGUAGAUGGAAUAUUCAGAAACACUAGAUCAUGCUAAUGAAACUGAUGACUAAGGUUUAGCACUUUGUUAUUGUAUGGGAUUUGGUGUAAGUGUUUAUGCUGGUACUAUAAACAGAACAAAAAAACCCUUUAACCCUCUAUUAGGAGAAACUUUCGAAUUUGUUGAUGAAAAGAAAGGCUAUCGCUUUAUUUCAGAGCAGGUUAGCCACCAUCCUCCUAUUUCGGCUGGAUAUGCAGAAAGUAAAAACUAUAUUUUCUAGGGAGACUCUAAUAUAAAAAGUUAGUUCUGGGGAAAAUCGUUUGAGGUAAAACCUUUAGGUAAUAUGCAUAUAAAACUUAGAAGAUUGAACCACGAUAUAGUCUUUAAAAAAUGCACAACAGCUGCCAAAAAUAUUAUUAUUGGACAGAUAUAUUUAGAUCAUUUCGGUGAAAUGGAAUACAAAAAUUAUACAACAGGUGUCAAUGGUAUUCUGACUUUAAAAGAAAAAGGAAUGUUUAGUGACAAAGGCCAAUAUGAAAUAGAUGGUUGGGUAAAGAAUAAAGAUGGAAAAGUCUUAUAUACCUUAAAGGGUAAGUGGAAUGAGGAUUUGAAGUGCACAAAUGCCGAAACAAAUCAAACCACUGUUGUAUGGAAGCGCUAUCCUCUACCUGAAAAGUCAGAUAGAUACUACCACUACACAACCUAUGCCUUCUAGUUAAAUCAUCUUUACAAAGAUUUAAUGAAGAAAGUACCCCCUACAGAUAGCAGACUGCGUCCUGAUUAACGCGCUCUUGAAUAUGGAUUGCUCUCUAUUGCAUCAGAAGAAAAAUUGCGUCUCGAAUAAAAGUAGAGAGCACGCAGAAAAGAAAAUGAAUAAUCCGGCCAACAUCACAAAAUAGUUUUCUUUGAAGAAAAAAUGGAUCCUUUGACAGGUGAAAAAGAAUAUAAGUAUAAGGGUGGCUAUUGGGAAGCUAGAGAUAAAGGAGACUGGUCUGGUUUAGGUUUAUUGGAUAUUUACUGA